AUGGAGGCCUUGCCUGCUCCGCCAUCGAUCAAUAUGCAGUCCCCUCGAGUGCGGGCUGCCAUGCGGGUCAUGGGCAUAAUUCCUUCAGAUCUCGAAAAGAAGGAAAUCCAGGAAUACGACGGCAAUAAGAACAAGCACUUGCUCUUUGAAAAGAAGAGGAGAACGCUGAUUGAACAAGUCGCAACUUUGGCGAGCAGAGGACCUCAGGAGCGCGGCGGUUCAGGCGACAUGAAUGCCAAUUUCCUGGAGGAGAUACUUCGGAAGGAACGGGAGACCAUGGAAACCAUGGCCCGAAUGGCCAAGAAAGACAUUCAGAAGACCGUGAUCAAGGAGCUGGAAAGCAGACUAGAAUUUGAGAAAGGAAAGAAGAAGCAGGAGGAAAACAAGAAGCGAAUGCUCCAGCUGAAGAAGGAACGAGAUGAUUGGCUUAAGGAGCAGCAGAAAAAGGCGGACAAAAAGAGAGAGCAGACUAGAGAGGUGCGUGAAAGAAACGACCGUCAGCUCCAAAUGCAUUGCGAAGAGAUCCGGCAACAGCUGAAGGAGGCAGAUGAUCGCGUCGCCAAGUGCUUGGCUGACAUCAGACAGGCGCACGACGAUUCCAUCGAGUCGAAGCAGGUCAGAGGAAUAGAAGCUCGAAAGCAGAAGGCCGCUUUCGAGCAGAUGCUAGUUCACAAACGUGAGGACAUGCAUGACGCCAUAGAGGAGAAGCAUGUGCGAAAACAAGAGCUGCUGACGGAGCUGUUAUCUCAGAGGGUCUCCAACAAAGAGAAGCUCUUGCAGAAAGAGCUGGAGUGCCGGCAGAGGGUAGCGGAGUACCUUGCAAAUCAGCAGGCAUCCAUUGAAGACAAAUAUGACGAAGCGAGGGUGAAGCACAAGAAGGCCCAGGCCAGCCGUGAGGAGAAGGGCUUGGCCAAGACUCUGAAGUUCAAGACUGACAAUGAGAAGAAGCGAAAGGCCUUCGUCAUCAGGUAUGAAAAUCUGAUCCGAGACCGAGAACGAGAACAUGAAGAGUUCCGAAGAAACUGGGAGUCCAGGAGUCUGCAGCGGUCAGCCUCAGAAACGCUCCGACCAAGGGAGAGGCCAGAGCUCCUUAGAGCCCGUGAGGACGCAGAGCACUUCGCAGCCCUGGCCGCGGAAAACCGUGAAAGACUGCGACGCGCACAUGCGCACUCUGUUGACCAGCAAAUUGAGCAUCUCUUGGCGGUUCGUCAAAGAGCGCAGGCAUUGGAGGAUCAGAAAGCUGAAGCUGAUAGGACGCGCAUGGUGGUUAUGCGAAAUACCGCUGUCACCAAGCAUGAACUCAAACACAAGGUUGACCGCUUCAAAGACGUAGGCAUAGAGAAGAUGUUGGACCUGCUUGAGGAUGUUGAAAUUGAACCUGCUGCGAAAACAAGGAUCAAUGAAAUCCUUGGCGACCUGGGCUUACCUCCCUUGGGUCCCCAGAGCACUUUGCACGUGCGAAGGCGGCCGCACGGGCGUAUGGGCCGUGUGGGUGCAGAGACUGCCCCUGCAGUUAAACUCCACGUCUCCUGCACGUUGUGUGCUCAAAAAGGUCGCGCAUGUCGCACCUGUGCUGUGAUUGGUGCCAUCGUGCACUGCUUGCGCCUUGGACCUCCGACAAAGUCGGUUGCGGAAACGCGUUGGCGACGGCAAAAAGGGGAGCGAGACUCCUUGGUGCUCUAUGUCCUGAUCCUGGUCUUCUUCUUUUCGUGUCAGUUCGGGCACGGCUCGAACAUCGGUGUUGCUGUUUCAUUGCCAGGGAAUUCUAAAGCGAUGAACCUGGCCCUCGGAUCGUGGGUGAUGAUGGGCGUUUGCUUGGGUUUGCCUCUGACCCCUUGGGCGAUCAGGACCUUCGGGGAGUUCAACGUGGUCGCGGUAUGCACUGUGCUGGAUGUCGUGGCCAUGCUGCUGAUGACAAUCCCGGGUAUCACGCUGCACCAGAUCUACGCGGUUCGCUUUCUGGUUGGCUUCUUUGAAGCACCUUUCCUUCCAUACUUGCAGGAGUGGCUGGCCCGCCAUGGAAGCCACAACUGGAAUGUUUGGAAUGCCAUCCUGCACGCAAUGGUCCCUUUGGGAGAGAACGUGGGCUUCAUUCUGGCGCAGGAAUUGGUCAACGCCGGCUAUUCUUGGCGCUGGGCUUUUGUAGGGCAAGCUAUCGCCUUCGGGGGUAGCGCGCUGCUUUGCUUGGCCUAUGGUGGGCGAAGAUACCUGGACUUCGCAGAAGAGUCGGUAACAAAGACCGACAGCCGGGGCAGUCAAGGCAGCGAAGAGAAGGUUGUGAGUGAAGUUGAAUACCCCAGCACAGAAAAAUGGGGUGUGUACUGGGCGACAAAUGCGUCGCUCGCAGCCCAACUGGGCUUCCUUGGUGGGUGCAAAUACGUCAUCCGUGACUACGCUCUGUCAAGAGGAUUUGGUCUGCAUGUCAUUCUGGCCACUUUUUCUGGAAUUGCUUUGCUGGGACCCGCACUUGGCGGAAGCGUGGCCAUGUCGGGCUCCAUUGUUCAACCUGACAAGUGGGGUCAGCACAAGAGGACACUCAUUUUCCUGGCCGUCAUCUCCACAGUGGCGGCGCUGCUUGCAGCAAUUCUUCCAUAUGUGCCCAGCUCCAUGUUUUGGCCCUCGAUGUUUAUUACGUUCUUCGCCGCUGGCGGAGUAUACCCAGCUGCGCAAGGCAUCAUCAAUAUUGCCUUGACGUCCAGCCGGGUCAUUGAGGCGUCUGUGUAUCAGGUGCAAUUGAACAACAUAUUGUUCGCCAUGCCCAUGCCCUAUGCCAUUGGAAAGGCCAUGGAUUCUUGGAGCAUUGGGGCAUCGUUUCGUUUGGUGGCCCUGUUUCAGGUCCUAGCAGCGGCGGGGUUCUCAUUGGCAGUUCUCUUCGCGGACUUCGACGAGGAACGGAGUACCUUCAAUCGCAUAUCAUCUCCCGAUCCCUUGCUCAACAUGGAGGAGGGUGAAUCUCCAUCGCUGGAGAUGACGAAUAGUUUGAAGUCACUGGAGUGA